AUUCAAUUUCGUAUAUCGCCCUCUUGCUGAUUAAAAGAUUUUAUUUGUUCUUUUUUUUUUUUUGAAGAUUAUGAAUGAAAGAGAGAGAUGCGAUACAACAUUAGGUCUUGGGAUUGGAGUGGGUAUCAAACGGGAGAGGCAAACAAAGCAAAACCAAAGGAGUUUUUGGUUGGAUCUUUCAUUACCACUUCAUCCAAAGAUUGAAGCUAGUGAGCAUGUCCAUAGUUACGAUAAUGAGAAAGAUGAUCAAGAUUCUUUUAGUUCUAAAACCAUCGAUGAUCAAGAAGAAGAAGAAGAGAGAGGAAUAAAACGAAGCGCUAGCAACACUAAUGUCUAUAAUAACAACAGUGAUGGAUCAAGAAAGAAGUUAAAACUCACAGCGGAACAAACUACGUUGCUAGAAGAUAGUUUCAAAAUCCAUUGCACCCUUAAUACGGGCCAGAAACAAGAACUUGCAAAGAAAUUGAAUCUUCUUCCACGACAAAUCGAAGUUUGGUUUCAGAAUAGAAGAGCAAGGACAAAGUUGAAGCAUAUCGAACAAGAAUGUUCGUUGUUAAAGAAAUGUUGUGAGACCCUAAAUGACGAGAACCGUAGAUUGAAGAAAGAGCUGCAGGAGAUGCGGUGUUAUUCAUUAAAGUUUGAUCAUCAUCAGCCACCACACUCGCAGCUACCUCUCUACGUCCGAUAUCCGAUCACAUCAGAGAUGCAUCAUCCAUGCGACAAACUUGGAAAAUCCGGCCAAGAUACGAAAACGGUAUUCGAGAAUGGCGGCAGCAUAACCCAGAUGCAUGGUAAUUAUAAAAGGAAUGCUGCGGAUAAAUUGUCAUAGGGUGAAAACACAACUGCUUUGAUUAUUUUCCAAUAAAUAAUUUGAACUAGGACUGCUGUACUAGGGUGUUUGGCAAGCCUUUAAUAAUUUACUAUAUACCCAUGAUUAUGUCCGCAGCCGGUUUCUA